GGGAGCUAGUCACCAAUGUGCCCUCGACUGGAAUCGAGAGUGAAGGCCUGGGCAGAGAUAAUAGUGGGAGUGCGCAAUCCCGGAACUGUGUCCCUUGAAGAAACAUUCGAGAUCACACAGAGACCAGGUUGUAAAGUAUACAGAUUUUUGGGUGCUGGUCUUGAUUCUUUCUUACCCAUGGGAGGCUGCAUGGGUAAGGAGACCCAUGUGGACGGAAGAGGUGACGUUAAGAACGGGCAAAAUGGCCCUAAUUCCACGGCAAGUUUGAAAGAAAUUACGCCCGAGGUAAAUGUUACCGGAGUUCAACCCGAUCAAGAGGGCAGAUACGUUCCAGAACCGCCAAGCUCACCGCCAAGUGCUGUAAAGCCCCUUUACGUUGCUCUCUACGACUAUGAUGCACGAACAGAGGAAGAUUUGAGCUUCGAAAAGGGUGAGGUUCUUGAAGUAUACCCCGAGACUUUAAGAAACGAUUGGUGGAAAGCUCGGUCUCGAGAUACUGGCCGCGAAGGCUUCAUUCCAAGCAACUAUGUGGCUGAGGUCCAAUCUUUGGAUGCAGAAGAUUGGUAUUUUGGUGACAUAAAGCGACCAGAAGCAGAAAAGUUAUUGAAGACACCACCCAAUGAACAUGGAGCAUUCUUGGUGCGUGACAGUGACAAGGGGGGUUAUGCCUUGUCUGUGAAGGAUGGUGACAUGGUGAAGCAUUACAAAAUUCGCACCACCGAGACUGGCAAUUUCUUUAUCGCUCACAACAAUCCCCUCACCUCACUGUCGGAUUUGAUUCAGCAUUAUACUAGAACUGCAGAUGGAUUGUGCGAUAUUCUUAAAAAAGCAUGUGUCAAGACUGAAAAACCCCAGACCAUAGGCCUAUCACAUAACACUGUAGAUGAAUGGGAAAUACAACGUGAUUCACUCAGGCUUAUUCAGCGUCUUGGAUCCGGCAAUUUUGGUGAGGUUUGGGAGGGAGUUUGGAAUGACACCACCCCUGUGGCUAUCAAAACAUUGAAGCCUGGCACAAUGAAUCCCACAGCAUUCCUGGAAGAGGCUGAGCUCAUGAAGAAGUUGAUUCAUGACAAACUGGUACAACUUUAUGCAAUUUGCUCCAGAGAGGAGCCAAUUUACAUUGUGACAGAGCUGAUGCCAAAUGGAAGCUUACUUGAAUAUCUCCGUGGUGACGAAGGACGCCAGAAGAAGAUGGACGAUCUGAUUGAUAUGGCUGCCCAAAUUGCUGCAGGCAUGGCAUUUCUAGAAAAACACAGCUAUGUCCACAGAGAUUUGGCAGCAAGAAACAUCCUGGUUGGACAUCGUAACAGUGUUAAAGUUGCAGAUUUUGGUCUGUCACGGGCCAUUGAUGAGGAUAUCUAUGAAGCCCAUGAAGGAGCAAAAUUCCCUAUAAAAUGGACUGCUCCAGAAGCAUGCCUUAAGAACCAGUUUUCCAUCAAGUCUGAUGUGUGGUCUUUUGGAAUCCUGUUGACAGAAUUGGUGACCUACGGCCGAGUACCCUACGCUGGGAUGAAUAAUAGACAGGUUGUUGAAGAUGUUGAGCGUGGCUACAGAAUGCCAAAACCAAACCUGUGCCCUGACAAGUUGUACGAGAUAAUGAUGGACUGUUGGAAAAAGGAGCCUCAGGAACGGCCCACAUUUGAAACCCUUCAAUGGCAACUGGAGGAUUUCUACCUGGCAGAUUCAAAGCAAUACAAAGAACUGGAUAAAUAGUGUUUCUUGGCUUGGUAAAAAGGUGAUAACAUGGCUUGUCAGUUAAAGUUUUGCACCAUUAGAAAAGUGUAUGUAAGUGUAUAAAUUAUAUUAUUAUCAUUUGCUAAGAAAUUUAUUUGCAGUUAAACAGUACCAGGUUGAGUUAACUAUUAAGUUUGAACAUACAUGAACCAAGCUGUUUAAUCAUUUUUUGUCUGCUUUGUUUGAUGUGUGGGCCUGUUAACAGAUCAUUAAUCAACAUGGAUAAAUAGGUUACAUAAUUAUUAAUUAUUUUGAGUUAAUAACAAUUUUUAUAUUUUUCAGUCACUCAAAAAAGUAAUCAACCCUUUAAUUAGUUAUCAAGAUAAAUUUAAUUAGGAAUCUCAAUAACAAAGCAAUAAUAAUUAUUAAAGGAAUUAGCAAGCUUUCUGAAGUUUAGGUUAUAAGGUAUGUCCAUGCAUACCUUAGGUUAAGCUUAGGUCCAUCCAUUCCUUAGGUUAAGCUGCAAGUUUAUUUUGAACUGGUAAUAUUGAAAUUAGAUUACAGUAACAAGACAAUAUUUGAAACUUUAGGUUGUUAUGCAAAUCAUUGUGGUGACAACCUUGGUUGAUUUGUUCUAACAGGUUAGUAAAUAAUUUUAAAAUCACGAAAAAGUAGUUGCCUUUUUUCUUAUUUGAGUAAGAAAAGGGUAGAAAAUUUAAUUAGGUUGAAUCUUUGAUGGAGUACACUUGGAUCAAUUGCCCAAAUGUCACAGUUAAAAUGUUUAAAGUUAACAAUGAAACACAUAAUACAUUGAGAAUAUUGAAUGAAUGGUUGACAAAAUUGCAAAAUUAAUGUAGUAGGGACAAAUUUACCCUGGCAUUUUGAUACUAAAACGAAAAUAGAAAAUAGUAAAUCAAAAUCGUUUUAGAUUGUGUUGAUCAUACUGGAAAGUUACCUUUGGUGACAAUUUAUUUCUUUGGAUAAUUUUAACUUCAGACAUUUACCUCAGAACAAUGAUACCAUGAAGUUUUGUAAUUCAGUUGCACAAAGAAAAAGGAUUGUCUAGAUGUAGUUUGUUUGUUGCGCAUAUAGUUUAGUAUGUAAUUCAAUCGCUUACAAUCAAAUAUGUGAAUAACACAUGUUUAAACCACAGUAUGUUAUUUCAUAAUUUGUAAAGAAUAUGCAUGUUAAGUGGUUAACUCUAAUGUGACUGGUUGCAUGAUUUCGUUUUUGCUGCUAAGCUAGCAUUGGUGCUCUGAUAACUGGUAAGUGCCAAAAUAGUAGCAUGUAAUGUAUUUUAUCUGGGCCCAGGGGCAGAUCCAGGAUUUUUCGUAGGAGGGGUGCACCACUAAGGAAUAGCGUAACUGACUGGUGAGGUGCACAAAUUUUAAAACGAAUAGGCAUUGGUGCUCUGAUAACUGGUAAGUGCCAAAAUAAUAGCAGGUAAUGUAUUUUAUCUGGGCCCAGGGGUGGAUCCAGGAUUUUUCUUAGGAGGGGUGCACCACUAAGGAAUAGCAUAACUGACUGGUGAGGUGUACAAAUUUUAAAACCAAAUACGGAGAAGAGGGUUUUAUCUCAAGGGGGGUGCAGCCUCUGUACCCUCCCCCUAGAUCCACCCCUGGGGCCUAUUUCAAACUUCACUAAGUUUGUUUUCUGCUAGGAAUAACAAACUAUUUAUCAAGUGAAAUGUUCUUAUGCAACACCAAAUUUUGCCAUUAUAUUGUAUGAAAUUUCCGUGAGACAGAUAUGUAGACCUGUUGUAGACAUGGUGACGUUGUGGCUGAAAGGGUUAAGAAAAACUGCAACGUGGGUACAUGUACAAAUUAGAAUUAUAAUAUCUAUCCUUUUUAUGGUAAAAAUCUAACAUGGGGGAAUUCAAGGGGGUUAACAAGAGUAGUCUACUACCAUGUUGUUAAGCAUGAGUAAAUAGCUAACUUUUCUUGUCAUAUCAGUCUUCUUUUACAUGUAACCUACAACAGUUAUUAACAAUUACAUGUCAAUAUUGCAAAUUAACAGACUGGCAGAAAUAGCUUAACUACUUCUGGUUAAGACAAGCAUGUCUCUCUCAGUCUCUCCUCUGCAGAGGUUUUUUCUGUGCUGUCUUGAACGUGUGGGCUGGCAGUCUGGAGGGUGAGGAGAGUGGAAGGAAAGCAUACAGGGAAUGAUGGGAAUGGUUUUACCUGCCUCCUGUCAAUCCUGCAUGGCUUCCUUCUCCUUUUUCUCCCCUCCCCCUGCCCCCUAAUCCUGCAACCCAACCUCUGCAGGGGAGACAGCAAGCAUUUUGAAAGGUAUCACUUUAGCUUGGUACCAUGUGGAUGUUGAUUACAUCAUGUGUUACUUCGCAACAAUGUAACAGGUACUGUCAAUCAAGAUGAUGUAAAUCAAAAUUAAUAUUGUUACCUUCGAUAGUAUAUGAUAGUAUAAUCCAAGCCUUAAUCAUUAGUAGAUGUUACAAUCCAUGUUGGAUUGGAAAGGUCAGUUUCUGACUUCUUUGUUUGAUUAAAUGAUUUUGGGGGUUAACAGAAUUUAGUAAAUCGGUAGUUAAACACAGUGGCCCACCUAAAUAAAUAGCCGCAAUCUAAGCUGUUGAGUUGGCAUGUUUCUCCCCACUAACAGAUGCUUAAAUCCAAGCAUGACUUUCUUUUUGUUUCGAGUGCAAAACAAUGUUGUUUCAUUUUUGUGUUUUUUUCUGUCAGCCAAAAAAUUAGUUUUGAUUCGUAGUAAUGUACUAAGGUCAUUGUACUCAUGAAGAAUAAUUAUUGUGUUCGGUCUCACCUGAAAUAACAUUUGAUUUUGUCCCUACACAUCUAAAAUUGAAAACCAGAGUACAAGGCAGCAACAAGAAUAAACCAUUGAUGUCUGGAUUCUGAAAUUGGCCACUGAAUUAAGAAAGUUGAUCAGAAAUGCCUGGAUUUGAUAAAUAUUAAUGGCAACUUACCUUUCAGACAUUUGAGAAUUUCUAAUUACAAAUUAAAAGUUUUACGCAGCAUGAUGUUCCCAAUCCUUAUUCCACUGUUAGUAGUAUUUGCAUUUUUCUCUCCAUUUCUCAUUUCUACCUGUAGCACACCCGAUGAUUGAUGAAUUCAGAUUUGUCACACAUUUUGGAAGAAAAUAUGUAAUUAGCUCCUUGUUUUGCCAAACAGAUGUUGCUUGGGUUUAAGUGUCCAACUUGACAGCUCUAGAUAAGGUUACCAACUUAUUUCUGGAAAAAUGAAGAGUAUAAGAAGUCAAAAAUCACUUAAUAAACACAAAUGGAAGAUAGUGACUUUUGUCUUCAUCUGUUUUCUUCAUUCCGUAGAAUAAAUGAUAUUUAAAUUUGAAUAACAAUACUUAUACAUCCCAAGCCUCACAUUCAUGUGAAAAAUCAUUUGUCUAGAAACACUAAUUACAAGGCUAAGGAUGUAUAAAGUAUUGUUAUUCAAAUUUAGGAACCAUUUAUGCAAAGCGUCUGUGCUGUGAAACACGUUCAAGGUAUCUACACUUCCAGAAAGGGCUUAAAACUAUGAAAUAAUGUUUUAUAUUUACUCAGUUUUUUAUCAUUCCAAGCAAAUCCUUCGGAGUUUUGCAAAGAAAACAUUGCUCCGUCUUGAUGUGGAUGGAAUUUUUUUUUUGGCAAUUUUAGUGCAGCAAUGUUAAAUCGCUAAGGCUACCCUUAGUUAUUCAUUGUUUACAUAAUACAUAGUUUUGUAGUGACCUAUAUAUACUUUGAAAAUUAAUAUUUCUGUUAGUUUAUUUUUAUAUCGAUUUGUAAAUAAAAGAGUCUUUAAUAGUUGCAUUGUUAGAGUUGGAUUUUAUUUGGAAUACCUGCUCAUUAAAUGUUACUAGUUUCAA